GCGAGGCGGCCGCCCCGCGCGACUCGACACCCCUACCCCAACCAAAAGGGAAGUCAACCAGAAGCCAGGCCACGCGACACCACCACCUCCCCCGUCACAAAUCCGCGGGGGGGAGGGCGGCAGCAGGCAGCGGCGGCGGCGGCGGCGGCCCCCGCGACGGGACGAGAGAGAGUGAGCGCGCGCGCGGCGAUGGAGCGGCGGGGGCAGCAGCCUGAAGACGCGGAGCCGCCGGGCAAGGACGGCCCCAGCGGCGCUCCGGCUCCGCCGCCGUCUCCGUUCCUGGAGGUGACGUGCCGGAGCUCCGGCAAGGUCCGGCGGUUCGCGGCGGGGACGACGGCCCGGUACGCGCUGCACGCCAUCAACCGCAAGCUGGACCCCGGGGCCCCGCCGGCGCUGCACGUCGAGGCCGUCAGGGACGGCGAGGAGCCCGUCAGCUUCGGCCCCAGCGCCGCCCUCGCCGACUACGGCCGCGGCUGGCGGCUGCAGACCGUCACCGCGCAGGACGCGCCCGGGAUCCAUCACGCGACGCGCGAUGACACGAAACGGGGUGAGACGCAGGCUGCCGAGGAUGCCGUUGCCAGAGAGACCACGAGGAGCACUUCCGUCUACAUCGCCAAGAUCGUGCUCGCGUUCGUGUUCAUCUUCUUGCUCGGCGGGCUGUUCACAUACAUGCUCGAGGUGCUCCCCGACAUGCUCCAGACUUCACCGACGCCUGAAUCUCUGUAAUGAAACCCGCUGACUGCAGAUGAAUCACACAUGUACCAUUCCAGCGACAUGUUCCCCCCUUUCUGAUAAGAUCGUGUGCAACCUUCCAUCGUAGUCGAUGGCAACUUAUCUCAUUGCAAGUUUGCAACGACAUGGAAAAUCCAUCAUCUUUGUUAGUUUCA